AUAAACAAAACCCAGAAUCCGUUCCUGUACAGGGUAAAAUGGCGGCCUCGGGAGCCGGGUCCCCUGGCCGGCUGGUCCAGUAUGUUGUUGUCCGGUCGGAUCUGGUUCACAAGCUGUCCUGGCCCCUGGGGGCCGUGAUAACUCAGGCCUGUCACGCUGCCACCGCCGCCAUCCACCUGCACUACUCAGACCCGGACACACAGCAGUACCUGGCAGAGCUGGACUCCAUGCAUAAGGUGGUGCUUGGGGCUCCAGACGAGGCCGCCCUGUCUGGUCUGUCAGAAAACCUGACUCAGGCUGGUGUGUCCCACAAGCUUUGGAUCGAACAGCCAGAGAACAUCCCCACCUGCCUGGCUCUGAAGCCGUAUCCUAAAGAGACUGUCCAGCCGCUGCUGCGCAAGUUCAAACUGUUCAAAUAACUUGCCUUGAACAGACUGUGUCCACUUACAGUAUGCACUGUAGUGUAUGUUAAUACUUCAUCGACUCUCUGCAUCGAAUUCUGUUUACAAAAUGAACUGUGGGCCUCGUAUCAUUUGUCUGUUUAUGCAUCUAAACAGCUGUAAUUCACAAGAUUAAAAUCUGAAAAUGCA